AUGGGCAACCAAUCUUCCAAAGAGGGCGGCUCCAAAAACGGCGGCGGAGAUGGCCUCCAGUCUUAUCCUUCCUUCAGCAAGUCGGAUACCAAAGACUCGACUCGAUCUUUCCGUGGGCUGCGGUCUAAGAUCCCCGGCAGCGGUAAGACCGACAGUCCGAGAAACUCGGUUGUGCUCAACGGCGACGAUGCUGCUUCAGUCAGGUCUGGUAGGAGUGGUCGCUCCAGCAUUUCCCGCUCCGGCAAAAGCACCGACACGAUCCCGCUGAGAAGCCCCUCGACCGACCUAUCCGCAGCGAAUUCAAUCGAAGACGGGCUACCCCCGCCGUCUCCAGUCUCCGAAUCAGUCAUGAGUGGCGCGCACGAUGUGAGCGCUGCACAGGCUUCGGGCGAAGUUGACCACGUUUCCGACCAGCCUCCGUCGGCCAACGCCAGCCUCAAUACGCAUCUACUCCCUCCGGGCAAGUCCAUUCUAGUGAAGCAGGCGGAUGCUCCCGUCAAGAAGCCUAAGAAGCCCAAGAAUGACGCCAUGGGCAUGGACGAAAUAAAGGAGAUGGACCUCGAUGACUAUAUCAAGAGACUGCUCGAUGCUGGAUACGCCGGCAAGGUCACCAAGAGCGUAUGCCUCAAGAAUGCGGAAAUCAUGGCUAUAUGUGCACGGGUCCGAGAGAUCUUCUUGGCCCAGCCCGCGCUACUGGAGCUCGAUGCUCCCGUCAAGAUUGUUGGGGACGUGCAUGGGCAGUAUACUGAUCUCAUUCGUAUGUUUGAGAUGUGCGGAUUUCCCCCCACUUCCAACUACCUCUUCCUCGGAGACUAUGUCGAUCGAGGGAAGCAAUCACUCGAGACAAUCCUGUUAUUGCUCUGCUAUAAGCUCAAGUUCCCCGAAAACUUCUUCCUGCUUCGAGGAAACCACGAGUGUGCCAACGUGACUCGAGUCUACGGUUUCUACGACGAAUGUAAGCGAAGGUGCAACAUCAAAGUCUGGAAGACCUUUAUUGAUUGCUUCAAUACGCUUCCGAUUGCUGCCAUUGUGGCUGGAAAGAUAUUUUGUGUCCACGGAGGUCUGUCGCCUGCUUUGAGCCAUAUGGACGAUAUUCGCAACAUCGCACGACCCACCGAUGUUCCUGACUACGGUUUGCUGAAUGACCUUCUGUGGGCCGAUCCGGCCGAUAUGGAGCAAGAUUGGGAAGCAAACGAGCGAGGAGUUAGUUAUUGUUUUGGAAAGAAGGUUAUUACUGAUUUCCUCGCAACUCAUGAUUUUGACCUGGUCUGCCGCGCCCACAUGGUGGUAGAAGACGGGUAUGAGUUCUUCAACGAUCGAGUAUUAGUCACAGUGUUCAGCGCACCAAAUUAUUGCGGUGAAUUUGAUAAUUGGGGUGCAGUCAUGUCUGUAUCGUCCGAGCUGCUCUGCAGCUUUGAGCUUCUGAAACCUCUCGACUCUAGUGCUCUGAAGAGCCAUAUUAAGAAAGGCCGGAAUAAGCGGCAGCAAAUGCUCAACAGUCCUCCUGCGCUGGUCAUGCCUCAGAGUGUCUAA